UUCUUGGUAGCAUCAUAAUAUGGCAUCGGAUGUCAUACACACAACAAAUCGCUGCACGUAGGUUACGCGCAAGAAUAUAAUAAUUGACGUUUGAUCAAACAGUUCAGAAAACCCCGUCGAUCAUGUACAAUCAAUGCUGCGUGCCCGGCUGCGACAGCAGCACGAGAUUCAAAACGGAUAAUCUGUCGUUUCACAGCUUUCCCAAGCUCGACAGGUUCAUCUUCGUGAAGACGAAUCUCGGUAACAUCAAGAAAAUCAGUGCGCGCAAACUCUGGGCCAAGCGACUGAGGCUGUCGGCUGAUGUAGCCAAUUCCUGGCGUGUCUGCUCGAAGCACUUCAAGGCGGACGAUUACUUAUCCAGCAGUCUAGAUAAAAAAGUCAAACGAUUGAAGAAUAUUGCAAUACCCUCGGUUGAACUGCCUGAACCAAGCGUUGCCAGAAAAGUACCACUAGCGAAGCAGAAAAAAAAUAAAGCUAGAGCAGCCAGAGCUGCAGCGCGUUUGUCCAGAGUGACUCCAGCAAUACUCAAAAAACCACAAGCUGUAAAUGUGAAAGAAACAGAAAAUGAGAAAGAAGAUCAGCAUAACUCUGAUUCUGAAGUAAAUGCACUUUUUGAAGAAUGGAUUCCAGACGGUGAAGAAACUUACGACCAAAGUGCUUCAGCACAGAUUGACAGUAACAUAGAUCAAGUGGAUCAAAUUCCAGAAUUGAUAUCUGUAGGCACCCAAACAGAAUGUACUUGCUCAGAAAAUAACACAAAGAAUCUCAGUUAUCAAGUUAAAGCUGCGCAAUUACUCGUGGAAAUGAAUGAAAUUCUAGGCAAUGGUGUGGAAGAUAAAGAUGUAGAUAAUUACAUGCAUAAUGUUAUUUUAAAAGUAACAGAAGAAUUUUAUUCUGCAGCCCGUAGGUAUUAUAGAAUAGUUAUAUUCAAUCUCAUAAAAAAUGACGCUCAAUUAAGAGCUUUUACUGGUAUAUGCUUCGAUACCCUGGGAGCAUUAGCUAAAUCAUUGGUUAUAGAUGAAAGUGAGCGGUUUCCUAGAAUCGAAAUAAGUGUUGAAGCUAGAAUUGUUUUAUGUUUGAUUAAGAUGAAAUUAAAUUUGUCUUUCAAGACGCUUUCAUAUUUAUUUUAUAUAACUGAGCAAGAAUGUAAAACUGCGUUUUUUUCAUCCGUGACUGCUUUGAAAAAUGUUCUUAAAGCUGCUAUAUUUUGGCCAACGAUAAACAAUGUUUCAGAGUCACUUGAGGACAAUUUGAAUGAUAUUUAUAAACCUACUAGUGUUGUGGAUAAUGUAGAACUAUUGGUACAAGUUAAACCAGUGUGUCUAAAUUGUGAAAGAUUAGUAUCAGGCAGUUCCAUUAAAAAAGGUAAUUCUCUUGUUGGCUAUUCGCAAGCAUAUGGGAGUCUGAAAAAAAUGAAAAUAUUGCUUGGUUUCUCCACAAGUGGCCUUAUUCGUUAUGUUGGUAGAGUAUUUACUGGUAAAGCUGCAGGAAUUGUUGUAACUGAUCAGAAUCAAAUUUCCAAAUUACUAACAGUUCAAAAAAAUGCAAUAAUGCAGAAUGGCAUAUUGAGCAUUAAAAACAGCACCAAUAAUUUUCUUGAAUUCCUCACAUCUUCAAAAGAUAUAAAAUUUCCUUCUGAAAAUGACAUUAGUAGCAAAGGCAAAAAAACAUCAAAAAAAGUAGAAAAGCCACUCGAUGUAGUUAUUAAAAAGUUUAGGCAGUUUAAAAUCUUUCAAAAUGAAAUACCAUCUGAAAUAGUGCCCUAUAUAGAUGAUAUAAGUGUAAUAAUUUGUGGAGUACUAAACUUGAGUAACUCUGUAAUAGUCGAUAAGACUAAGACAGCUCAAGUCAAUUGAUUCAUUCCCUUGUUCCAGUUGUUAUAGAUAAGUUUGUAAAUAGAAAGUGUCAAAUAAAAUUUCUGAUUUUAGAAAUAUAUUUUUCACGUAGACGCUUUUUACUCAAGUAUAUGUAUAGAACUAAAUAUAAAAACUGGUUGUGAUAACAUGAUACGCUUGUACAAUGAUGAAAAUUUUAUACAAAAAAAAAAAUAAUAAAAUAUUUUUUUACACAAGGAUGU